ACAUGCGAGGCGCUCGUCUGGUGAGGAGUUUCCACUGAGGGCGGCGCUACGCUCUUUUCAGGAAGUGCUGGGACAGAGGAAAUUUUAUUUUCGUGAUAAAUGAAAAAAAGUUCCUUGUUUGUGACAUUUAUAACCAGGUGUGGUAUGUUUGCACGUAUACAUAACCACUAUCCCAUAGAGAGCGAAACAAACGCGUCUGCAAGCGAUGAUCCGUUAACAUUUAGAGAUGGCUGCAGUAACUGUCGUGGAUCUCACUCACGUCCGGUGUUCACAAUACGACAUUUGUGUGAAACAGCGCAUCAGCGAGUUCUGUGCAUUGACCGAGAAUGGCUCACAAGAACCGGUCUUCUGCAUAACGGAUCCAGAGGGCUCCGUGGGGACGGACAGAUUUCCUAGAAGCUCUAUUCAGGAGAUGUUUAUCGGCUUCAGCAAUUCCCCACAGGUCCUGUGCAAAAGCUCGCUUUCAGCUGCAUUAUACUCGUUCAAACAAGCUAUAGACAAUGAGGACAUUAGUAAUGUGAAGGUCGUGACUUCGAGCCGCAGGAGGGGAUUGUUUCAGGUCUACCAGGAGCUCCUCUUCACUUCUGCGUAUAAUUUUGAGUACAGGAUCUUGUUUGACAAUCUGUCCCAUGACUGCUGUCCCGCGGGUCAGUGCACAGGCAGCAGCAGCAGCAGCAGCGCUCAGGCAGAUGACGCUAAACGUGAGCUCAGCACGUUUCUACAGCACCUACCAGCGCUCAGAGGAGACAUUACAAUUCUGAGAUCUUCUUUAAUUUCAGACUGCUUCGGUCAUGGCUACUCCACUCGUACUGGAGGUAUAUCCUACAUCAGCACUUUAAGCUCACUGAACCUCUUCUGUAACCCGCGGCGGAAAGACUCCAGAGCUGUCGUGGCUGAAAACCUCCGGCGGCUCGGCCUGCAGGCUGGAUUUCACCCUCAACAGUUCAACCUCAUAAAGUGUAAUCAUGCCAGUGAUGUGUGGGUGAUGGGCAAACCCGCCCCCGACAGUUACGACGGAAUGGUGACCAAUCGGGUGGGCGUUGUCAUAGCAGCACCAGGGGCCGAUUGCAUGCCGCUGCUCUUCACUGACCCCGUAGCAAAGGUCAUUGGAGUGGCACAUGCGGGCUGGAAGGGGACCCUCAUGGGAAUUGCCAUGGCGACGAUGAAUGCCAUGGUGUCAGAGUUUGGCAGCAGGCCGGCAGACAUUGUGUGUGUGAUCGGGCCUUCUGUUGGACCCUGCUGCUUUACUCUGGAUCAAGAUUCGGCCCGGAAGUUUCACGCCAUACACCCAGAUUGUGUUAGACACAUAGACUCAUCUAGACCUUAUGUCGACAUCAGACUCGCAACCAGAAUUCUGCUGGAGAGAGGUGGAAUUAAACCCGAACACAUCGAGGACAUCAGGGUCCCACACCAGUCUGACUCCACACUCUGCACCUCCUGCCGUCCUGAGCUAUUUUUCUCCCAUGUGAGAGACGGACUCAACUUUGGGACACAAAUUGGCUUUCUGUGGAUCAAAUAAUCCUGCAUUCACCAAGCCCUGAUUAAAAUGUGCAGAAACAUGGCAUAUACAUGUAUAAAUUCAGGAAAUGAAUACACAUGGAAGCACUUAAAUAUAUGAAAAUAUUAAUAUAAUAAAUUAAUUAGAAUGACCACCAAUUGUGUUCACAAACGUUCACAAAGUUUUUCUCAACAUCUAGAUUUUAGACUGUAUACGUGUAUGUUUUAAUAAGAGAUGUUGUGUGUUUAGAUGCUGUAACUGGAGUUUUUAAAAGUACAAAUAUUUUGUGUAUAAAGCUAUUUUAAGACA